GUCAUCACUAUAUAGCUUCCGGUGGGAAAAGAGCUCUACUCAUAAUUUUGUCCUCCACUGCAAGAAAGGAACCAUGGAGAAGGUUUUGUUUGCUGUUCUUACGCUGGUGUACCUGGAGCUUUCUAUGAGGGUGGUCAGUGCCCCAAUCUGUUCCUAUGGACAGGCUGGAUGCCAUGUUCCUUCUCUGGCAGAUCUCUUUGAAAGGGUCAUACAACAGUCUUCAAGAAUGCACAGCGUCUCCAGUGAUCUGCACUCUGAUUUUGAGCAAUAUUUCUUUCCCAGGAAGAAUCUCAUAGGAAAACGGAAGUGCCACACUUAUGAUAUACUCACACCAGAAGAUAAGGAGAAUGCACAAAGGCUAGGGAGAGAACAACUGACAGAGGUAAUCGUGAGGCUGCUUCAGGCUUGGGGUGAGCCGCUGUCUGAGCUCUACCAGAGCAUGUCUCAGGAUCAAAAUCAAGACUUUAACCUCUACAGCUCCAACAAGGCACUGGAGAUCAGUGAUAUAUUGCAUGAGCUAAAAGACGGAGUGACAAUAAUAACUGAAAAGAUGAAGCUAUUGGGAGUGCUUAGUAACACUGUGGGUUAUAACUCUCCUGAGAGUUUGGUCCCCUCUUCAGCCUUCUACACACAAGGAGACCUAGACUCAAUGGACCAUCAUGACCUACUCUACUGUUUCCGCAGAGACUCUAACAAAGCGAAAAAUUAUCUCCGUAUCCUGAAAUGCACCACUCUUCCUGAGCCGGACUGUUAAUAGUGAUAGCAAAGAAGUUUAGUGUGGUAUCUUUUAAUGUUGGCUGAAUAGAAGAGUCUUUGUUUCUUAUUUGCUUUUAUCUACAUUAUGUU